AUGGCCGAUGCAUAAGCUGAUCAGUGAAUGACCUGCAAGUAUAUAUACUCAUUUGGAUAAUCAGAUUUCGGAGAAAGCUGGGACACCUACAAACCCAGCAAUGGCCACCAUUCAAGACGAUGACGAGCGACUCCUUGCGCGCAUUGGAUAUCGCCAGGAAUUGCGCCGUGAAUUUACCAAAUGGUCCACCGUUUCUUAUGCGAUCUCCAUUCUCGGCGUUCUGGGUUCUGUUCCUGCAACUUUUGGCAGCCCCGUUAUGGCUGGAGGGCCGGCUACUGCUGUCUGGUGCUGGUUUAUUGGUUCAUGCAUAGCCAUGUGUAUAGCAAGCUCAGUGGCCGAACUUGUGUCAGCCUAUCCGACCGCCGGCGGCAUGUAUUUUGUAACAAAGCAUGUCGUGCCCCCAGAGCAUGUUGCGAUUUGGGCUUGGGUGGUGGGAUGGUGCAAUUUCCUGGGUCAGACGGCAGGUGUUUCAAGCGUCGCCUAUACAGUAGCCCAGAUGAUAUUAGCUUGCGCCAGCAUGAACUCACAAUUUGUCGACGGCGCAUAUUCAUAUUCUCCCACGGCGUUGCAAACAGUAUUGCUAACACUGCUUCUGCUUUGCAUUAUGGGAAUUAUCUGUUCUUUAACAACGAAGAGUCUUCACAGAAUCAUACUUUGGUUUGCUCCAAUUAACAUAACGGCAUCUGUUGGAAUCUGUGUUGCACUUUUGGUCUUGACUCCGGAAAAGCAAAGCGCCAGAUGGGUAUUUACUGAAGUAACGGAUGGCUCUGGCUGGUCAAGCAAGGGCUUUUCAUUUCUAUUAGGGUUCCUUUCGGUCGCGUGGACCAUGACGGACUAUGACGGAACUACUCAUAUGUCUGAAGAGACUCAUGACGCCGCUAUCAGAGGUCCCGUCGCAAUCAAUGCAGCGGUACUUGUAUCAGGUGCUCUCGGAUGGAUGCUUACGGUCACAUUUUGCUUCUGCAUGAAAGAUUUUGAUGGCAUUAUCAAUUCACCUACCGGAAUGCCUGCAGCUCAAAUAUUCCUCAACGCCGGCGGAAAGACUGGGGGAACAAUAAUGUGGUUUUUCGUUAUACUUAUCCAGUUUUUCACCGGCUGUUCUGCAAUGCUGGCAGACACGAGGAUGGCAUAUGCAUUUGCCCGCGAUGACGCACUGCCCUUCUCAAGCUUCUGGAGUAAAGUAAAUCAAGUAACUAGGACUCCCGUGUAUGCAGUAUGGUUGGUAGUUAUUCUAAGCACCUGCCUCAACUGCAUUGGCAUUGGCUCUUCGCAAACGGUGGUGGCCAUCUUCAAUAUUACAGCGCCAGCGCUGGACCUUUCAUACAUUGCUGUGAUUCUGGCUCGAAGAGUCUACGAGAGACAGGUUAAGUUCAUUGACGGACCUUAUUCCCUUGGAAGAUGGGGGUUGCCAAUCAAUGCGGUAGCUAUCAGUUGGGUUUGCUUUAUUAGUGUGGUGCUUUUCUUCCCACCAACAAAACCAGUUACGGCAGCAAAUAUGAAUUAUGCGGUUUGUGUGGCAGCCUUCAUCGGUGUUUUCGCUCUAUCCUGGUGGUGGAUUGGCGCUCGAAAGAAAUAUACUGGUCCCAGGACAAAGGAUCUGCUACAAUUAGUUCCAACUGAUGACAUUGAAGACCGGAUAUUUUGAUCUUAGCGGCGCUUAGAUACCCAUGGCAUUCACACGGCGUUAUUUUCCGGUUGGGACUUUUUUCAAACGGCAAGAGCACUUGUUGAUACGCGGCUUAAGAGUACAAAUUCUUUUUUCGUUCUUCAACUGAUCAGAUGUAAUAUAUAUAUUUUUUUACGUCAAAACCAGGAUGA